AUGCGGCGAACGUACGCGGCGUACGACAUCAACACGCGAUCGAAGCCGCACCUGAACGUGGGGACGAUCGGACACGUCGAUCACGGGAAGACGACGCUCACGGCGGCGAUCACGAAGGUGAUGGCGGAGAUCGGAGGCGCGAAGGAGAUCGCGUUCGAUCAGAUCGAUAAGGCGCCCGAGGAGAAGGCGAGAGGGAUCACGAUCUCGACCUCGCACGUGGAGUACGAGACGGCGACGAGGCACUACGCGCACGUGGAUUGCCCGGGACACGCGGAUUACGUGAAGAAUAUGAUCACCGGGGCGGCGCAGAUGGACGGCGGGAUUCUCGUCGUGAGCGCGGCGGAUGGGCCGAUGCCGCAGACGCGGGAACACAUUUUGCUCGCCCGACAAGUUGGCGUGCCAUCGCUCGUGGUGUUCAUGAAUAAGGUGGACAUGGUGGACGACGAAGAGCUCGUGGAGUUGGUCGAGAUGGAGCUUCGCGAAUUGUUGAGCUUUUACAAGUUUCCCGGCGACGACAUUCCGAUCAUUAAAGGCUCGGCUUUGCACGCGUUGAAGGGCACGGAGCCCGCGAUCGGGAAAGACAAGAUCGUUGAAUUGAUGAAGGCGAUCGAUGAAUACAUCCCCGAACCCGCGCGCGCUUUGGACAAGCCGUUCUCGAUGCCCGUCGAAGACGUGUUUAGCAUUCAAGGCCGCGGCACCGUCGCCACCGGUCGCGUCGAGCAAGGCAUCAUUCGCACCGGUGACGACGUCGACGUCGUCGGCAUCACGCCCACGAAGAAGACCACGGUGACCGGGGUGGAGAUGUUCAAGAAGACGCUCAACGAAGGUCAAGCCGGCGACAACUGCGGGUUGUUGCUUCGCGGGUUGAAGCGCGACGAAAUUUUGCGCGGGCAAGUCUUGUGCAAGCCCGGGUCGAUCAAGCCGCACAGCAAGUUCGAGGCUGAGAUUUACGUGCUGAAGAAGGAAGAGGGCGGUCGACACACGCCGUUUUUCUCCAACUAUCGCCCGCAAUUUUUCAUGCGCACGGCUGACAUCACCGGCAACAUCACCUUGCCCGAGGGCACGGAGAUGGUCAUGCCGGGCGACAACGUCACCGCCGUCUUCGAGCUCAUCCAUCCGGUGGCGAUGGAGCCCGGUUUGCGCUUCGCCCUUCGCGAGGGCGGUCGCACCGUCGGCGCGGGCGUCGUCGCCAAGGUUUUGGACUAG